AAUCCACGCUGGGAUCCACGCCCGCGGGUGACCGGCUCACUAAUUAUCUAAUUAUCGAGCGAAGACGCUAUCUCAACACCUGCGCGCGAACCCGAACCCGCGUGUAGGCACGUCGUAUUGGCGAUGGGGUCGUUCCUAAGCCAGCCGAGCGGGCGUCAUGCCCAAAAGACCGAUAGAGACAUCUUAGCCAAGCUCCGCCGAUCGCGACGCGUCAUUGACAGAAUUCUCUCCAUCACGGGCGCCCCCUCGGUCAGCGUUCGGGUCAUCCGCGGCGGCAAGACGCUUUACACGGCCCAUCAUGGCUUUCGGGACGUUGAGCGGAGGCUAGCGCCCGACAACGACACCCUACACAACAUAAACUCCAUGUCCAAGGCCUUCAUUUCGGCCUUGGCCGCCAUCAUCGCCGACACGGGUGCUCUCAAUCUCACGGACCCCGUCGCGACGCACCUGCCGGACUUCUCGUUCAAGGACAAGGGUCUCGCCCAUCAACUCACAAUUCUCGACCUCCUCUCUCACCGUUCCGGCCUUAACAAUCCCGAUGCAAUAUGGCUCGGGUCUCGCAACUCUCUGCUGCUUACGAAGGAGGAUGCAUGGAGGAUGCUCGCGACGUUAGAGCAGGUCGCGCCCACCCGUUCCUCCUUCAUCUACAACAACUGGGCUUACAUGCUGGUCGGCGGCAUCCUCGAAGAGGUUACCGGCCGGAGACUGGCCGACCUCUUGCACAGCUACAUCUUUGAACCCUUGGGCAUGACAAGAACGGGGACCGCCUGGGACCCGGCCGACUGCAACACGGCCAAGUCGUACUCGGUGCUCAGCAACCUCUCCCUCGUCGAGAUUCCACCGCCGCAGCUAGGCGCCGGUACCGCGAUGGAGGCGCCGGGCGGCAUCAAAUCCACCAUUUCCGACCUCUCCCGCUUCUAUACGGCUUUUCUCUCGGCCGUUAUGGACGAUUUUCGCCAGCCGACAGGCGGCGGCGGCGGCGAACCGCCCCUCACUCGGCCAUCCAUCUUCCGGAGCUGUGGCGAGCUCAUCACCCACCACUCCACCAUUCCGCCCGCCUCCCUGCGAGAACAGGGCUACGGGCUGGGAUGGGCGCGGGCGCAGCUACCCGGUCCGAUGGGUCGCAUCGGUCUCAACCCGGCCAUUGGCGACCCUCCAGACGUCGGCAAGGGCGCCCCGUCAACCCUCGUCUUGUACCACAACGGCAGCAUGCCCGGAAGUACAACCUGCGUCUGCCUAGUUCCCAGCGAAGACGUCGUGAUCCUCGUGCUGCAGAACUCGAUCACGGCCGUCGACACCGCCGAUAUCGUCUGCCAGCUCGUUCUAGAGCUGCUCCUCAACCCGACGCAGCCCAUCGACUUCGAGUCGCAGGCCCGGGCGCUCACCCGGGAAGCCGUUGCCCGCCAGGGCCGAGUCGGAGCAGAACUCCUCGCGCGGAGGGAACUGGGCACGACGCCGAGCAAGCCUCUCCGGGCGUACGCGGGCGUGUACCGGAACUACGUGCACACCUUCUCCAUCGAGAUACGCGCAAGGGGCGACAGGCUCUGCAUGCGGCUGCAGGGCCUGGCGUCGGAGGAGUUCUGGCUGUCGCACUACGAGCACGACACGUUCUGCUGGUGGAUGCCGCACGACGAGAUCAUGCGCCGCGGACGCUACACAGAGUACGGCCCGGAGCACUAUCUGAUCUCCUUCUCCCUGACUGCCGGCGGUAAAGUCGGCGCUCUCCACUGGGCGUGGGACCCAGCUCGCCUGGACAGACCGGAAGUGUUUACAAAGGAGACUUUCGUAUUGCAGAAGGAGUAAUAAGGCCU